AUGGCGGACGCGGCGGCCUCGCCGGCCCUGCGCGCCCGGGCGCCCCGGCCCCCGGGCUCCUCGCCGCCGCCGCGCCCGCGCCCCGAGCGCGAGCCCGACGAGGCCGAGCUGUCGCUGAGUCUGGCCCGCACCAAGACCCGCUCGUACGGCAGCACCGCCAGCGUGCGGGCGCCGCUGGGCGCCGGCGUCGUGGAGCGCCUAGUGGAGCACCGGGUCCGCGCCGGAGACACGCUGCAGGGCAUCGCGCUCAAGUACGGAGUCUCGAUGGAACAGAUUAAAAGAGCCAAUAAACUGUUUACCAAUGAUUGUAUAUUUCUGAAGAAGACUUUGAACAUUCCAAUUAUAUCAGAGAAACCUUUGUUAUUUAAUGGGCUUAACUCCAUUGAUUCUCCAGAAAAGGAAAUUGUUGAUGGCAGCAUUUGUCAAGAAGAGCCCAUGGCUGGGCAAGAGCUCUCUCCUUCCAGCCCUCAGGAAUCAGAGCCUGAGUUUGCCCAGCCUGAGGAGGAAGUAUCAGCCAGAGAUUUCUUACAGAGACUGGACUUGCAGAUUCAGUUAUCAACACAGGCAGCCAGGAAGCUCAAAGAGGAGAGCAGAGAUGAAGAGAGCCCCUAUGCAUCUUCCCUCUAUCACAGUUAAGUGACUAGUGGGUAUAAUUGUUAACCUGGAUUACAAGACGGUUGGACCUCAAAGAACCCAGCCACUGCAGAUUUAGAAGUGGUCCAUUUGGGUUCCCACAGCAUAUAUCUUAAAAUCAUAAUGAAUAGACCAAUAGCAGUCGCACUGAAGUGAGUAGUUCCUUCUGGCUUCCUAUAAUUUUAAGUCUCACUAUGGCAUGAUAGCAAAAUUAUGCUGUACAAUUCAUCACUUUGGAGGGUGGUAGUGGUUGUUAGAUUAGCUUCUGUAAAUGCAAAAAAAAUCAAAGAUUAUUUAUAUAAUCAGUGUUUGUCUCCUGAAGAGAUCCUAUGUUGUGAAAAACACGGUGGCUGUUUAAGUGAUGCUGAAUUUGCUGUGUGUUUAUAACCUAAGUGACAUAUAUAUAUAUAUUCAAAAUGUGUUAUAUAUUCUGUAUUGAUAAAAACAACCAAAUUUGUCUGCUGUUUUGUAAAAGUAAACUACAAAGGUUUGGAUGCGAAAAUAAACUAUGUUUUCGUA